AUGAGGCCCCCUUUGUGGGGCUUUUCUUGGGAUCCGAUCCCCGGGGACGGCCCAGCAGCUGCAACGGGAGAAAUGGCUGCUGCAGCGGUGAUGCAUGCAGCAGCAGCAGCAACAGCAGCAGCCACAGCAGCUGCAGCAACGGGCACUGCUGCAGCAAACGAAGGGCCGGGCCAAGUCUCAGCAGCAGCACCGCCAGCUGCAGCAGCGGCAUCGGAUGGCCAGACCAACGGCACGGACUGCAGCAGCAGCAGCAGCAACAACAACAACAGCGACGGCAGCAGCAGCAGCAGCAGCAGCAGCAGCAGCCAUAAGUGCAAUGGUGGCUGCGAGUGCAACAUGCUGCAGCGCUGCAGCGAGUUUCCCAGAGGCUUUGGCUUGCUGCCGUGUCUGCAGCUGCUGCCGAGUGUCUCUGCAGCAGCAGCAGCAGCAGCAGCAGCAGCGCCGAAGGGCCCCGCGCUCCGGUUUGCUGAGGUCGCUUGGGGCUGCUACUUGAUUGCAGCAGCAGCACACCAGCUGAUAACGGAGGCAGCAAUGUCACACAUCUGUACUGCCUGCAGCAGCAGCAGCACCAGCAGCAGCAAUUGCACGGAGCAGCAGGCAGCAGCUCCAGCAGCAGCAGCUGCAACACUGGGGCUUGCUUCUGCUGCUGAGGUGCGCAGCAAAGGCCUAGAGCUGCUGGGCUUGGCAGCAGAUGGGCAGCCGCGGCUGCUGCAGCAGCUGCUGCAGCAGGAAGCAGUGCUGCAGCGGCAAAACCUGGAGUGCAGCUGCUGCUGCAGUUGCUGCUGCCUCUGCAGCGUCACUGCUGCUCUUAAGGCCCGCUGCUCCAUUCUCACGCUGCUGCUGCAGUUCCUGCAGCAGCAGCGGCUGCUGCAGCUAAUGCCGGCGGACUUGCGGCAAGAUGCGCUGGGCCUCUUGGAUGAGCUUCGGCUGCAGCUGCAUGCGCUGCUGCCUCCGCUGCGCGCAUGCACGCAGCGCAGCCGCGAGUUGCAGCGCGGCGAGCAGCAGCGGCUGCUGCAGCAGCAGCAGCAGCAGCAGCGGCAGCAGCAGUCCAGCAGCAGCAGCAGCAGCAAGGGCAGCGUCGAAGCAGUCCUCAGCAGUGCUGCCUUGUGCUGCAGCGCCAGCACGCAGCAGCAGCUAGAGUUGAGACGCCUGUGGCGUUGCGCUCUGCUGCUGCAGCUGCAGCAGAUGCUUGAGGAGCAGCACAACGCCAGCAGCAGCAGCAGCAGCAGCAGCAGCAGCAGCAGCAAUGGCAGCAACAGCAACACCUGGGAGGCACUGUUGCAACUGCCGUUCUCCCAAGUUGCUGCUGCAGUGCUGCAGCAGCCUCGGAGGGCGCUGGAGCUGGUGGAGUGUCUGCGGCGUGCAGCAACUUUGCUGCGACAGCAGCAGCAGCAGCAGCAGCAGCAGCAGCAGCAGGAAAUACUGAUGCUAUUCCAGCAGCCCGAAAACGGCAGCAAAGACAUUACGGAGUGCAGCGCGUGGCUGCAGGUCUUCGACUGUCUCCUUGAUUCUGUUAUGGCGCUGCUGCUGCCGCGCCUCAGCAGCAGCAGCAGCAGCAGCAGCAGCAGCAGCAGCAGAGACUGGACAGAUACCAAGGACUUCGUGCGUUUGCUGCUGCGGUCUGCGGACGAGUACGCAUUGGAUGGAAAGCUGCCGCGAGAAGACGGUUCAGACUUCCUGGAGUACCGAGCUGCUGCUCUGUGCUGCGCUGCAUGCGACGGAGUGGUGGCCGUGCUGCAGCAGCAGCUGGCAGCAGCAGCAGCAAGUGCUGCGCUGCCUGCUUUCCCGCUGCUGCAGCGGCAGACGCUGGAGGCUCUGGGCCAGGGGCAGUUGGAGAGGCGCAGGGAGCGGCUGCAGCUGGAGUGCCUCUAUGCUGCCUUUCGGUGCUGCGAGGGGGUCUUGCGGCUGUGCGAGCUGCUGCGGCCAUCUGAGGCUUCGCUGCGGCUGCUGGCUGCACGGCAGCAGCAGGAGCAGCAGCAGGAGUUUGGCGUUGCUGCUGCUGACUCAGCAGCAGCAGCAGCGGGAGCAGCAGACGCUGCUGGCGGCGACGGCGGCGUGCUGCUGACGCCGGCGCAGCAAAAAGCCAUGCAGCGGCUGCUGCUGCUGCAGCAAGACACGCAAGCCAGAGUCCUCUGCAGAGCCCGAAUUGUAGAAGACACAGCAGCAGCUGUCAGGUGCUGCGGGGGCCCCAAGGUGUCUGUGUCUCCGACCCCGCUCACGGCAGCCCUCGCGGCGUCCUUAGAAGACGCGCCGACGUUGCUGCUUAUCGCGGUGUGCAACUCGCGGCGUGCAGCAGCAGCAGAGCAGCAGCAGCAGCAGCAGCAGCAGCAGCAGCAAGGCUGGGGUUGUGUCGACGCAGCAGACGCCUGGGGGGGCCUUCUGCCGGCGCCGCUGCAGCGCCAGCUGCUGGACCCUCCGUUAACUAUGGAGGUUCUGCUGCAGCGCAUGCAGGAGUCGCCUUCGCUGCUGGAAUCUGUAGUUGCUUUCUUAUCUUUGGCGCUGGUGAACGACCCGUCUAUUUAUGCGGAGUCAGCAGCCGUGGCUGCUCCAGCAGCAGCAGCAGCAGCUGCUGCUGCAGCAGAGCACGCAGCGUCAGCUGGUGCCCCUGCUGCUGCUGCUGCUGCUGCUGAGGGGGAUUCAGGUGUACAGACACUUGAUGGCCCGCAGGAAGCACCUGGACGGAGAAGAGCUGUAGACUUCCUCUCGGCUCUUUCGUGGCUUCCACCUGCUGCACUUCGCCUGUGUCUGCUGACCCUGAACGAGCUGGAAACAUCUCGGGCCGAUGAAGACACAGAAACCAACAACAGCAGCAGCAGCAGCAGCAGCAGCAGCAGCAGCAAGUGCUGCUGCAGUCACGUGCGGUGGAUUGUGCUUGUGCUGCUUGGAGUCUACAAAGCAAUUCAGCUGGGGGAGCAGCAGACAGUCACAGGGGCUGCUUGGGUUGAGGUGCUGCAAAGCCACGCCAUAGACCUUCAGGAAGAAGACGUACUCGUCCCCCUUGAAGUUGCAGGAGUAAGUGUACAGAGGCAGCGGCAGCCGCAGCAGCAGCAGCAACUAAAGGAGCAACUCAUCCAGCAGCAACAGCAGCAGCAGCUUCUGCAGCAGCAGCAGCAGCAGCUUCUGCAGCAGCAGCAGCAGCAGCCCCUGCUGCAGCAGCAGCAAAAGCAAGAACAGCAUGGAGCUGAUGUCGCUUUUUGUUCUGCAGAAUAUUCUUGGCCGAUGCGGAUCAACGCCAUGGGCCUUUCCAGAGCAUGCCGGCCAUCAAGCAGCAGCAGCAUUAGCAGCAGCAGCAGGCGGCUGCAGGAGCAGCUGCAGCAGCAGCUGGUGCUGCACUUUCCUUCCAGUGUGCUUCCAGAUGACCCAGCGCUGACUCUUUGCUGCCUCCACCUGCAGCGGCUGGCAGGCCUUCCUGCAGAGGUGCCGCUGCCUCCUUCAGAGCUGCUGCCGAAAGUGCUGCAGCAGCAGCAGGAGCUGCUGCAGCAGAACUCGGGAAAACUAACGUGCACGAGCCGCCUGUCUUUGCUGCGGCUGCUUCGAACUGCUGCCCAGCUGCUGCCGCCUUUGCUGCUGUCGGAGGGCAUUGCUGCUGCUAACUUUACCGCGUUUUGGCGGCUGGUGUUUAUUGUGGACGAAGCUCUGUGGCGGGCAGUCUUAGCAGCAGCAGACGCUGCUGCCCACAGCCGCAGCACAUGCCUCUACCCUGCUGCCGCAGCCCGGGGGGCACAGACUGGAGGAGGGUCUCAGAGCGAGGACUCCGCAGAAGCAGCAGCAGCAGCAGCAGCAGCAACUGCAGCAGCAGCAGCAGAGGAACCGGCCAUGGGGCUGCAUGCAUGUUUGCUGCUGCGGACUUUGUUCUAUGAGCUUGUCUGCCAGUACGGCCCGGCCAUCUUAGCGCUGCCUCCAGCUGCUCCGCCUGAUGAGUGUGUGCUGGCUGCUGCUGCUGCAGUGCAGCAGCAGCUGCCGCAGCAGGUUGUGCUGCUGCUGCGGCACUACGUCUCUAUGCAGCAGCAACGCAUUGCCACAGCCACCGCAGCAAACCAGGAAAGCCUUUGA